AGCUUGUGGAGAACUUUGUCCUAGUUUUGAAAAACAAGUGGGGUAUAAAUAGGAAGGGUCCAGGAGAGUUUUUAUUGAUCUCAGACAACUGGAGAGAAAAUCUGCACUGACCGAAGACUCUGAGAAAAAAACAACACACGGUGUUGGUGGAGAGGAGUGAUGUGGAGGUCUCUGGGCCUCACCCUGCUGGCCAGCCUGUUGGUGGCCUGUGGGGGUGAGAGUGAGACAGAUGGAGCGAGAUGUAAACCUGCGGCUGUGUGGAAGGUUGGUGAAGUGGAGCCGCUGAAGAACAGCCUGGGACGAGUGACCAUAGUGGCCUUCCUCCAGGCCAGCUGAUUGUUCUGCCUGUCGCAGGCCGCCAGACUGGACGACCUGCGCAAGAAGCUGGAGGCUGCAGGCUUAGCAAACAUCACAUACAUGGUGGUGAACAGCCAGGAUGGAAACUCAAUCCGUCUUCACUCUCUGCUGGAGAAUAAACUCUCAGAUAACAUUGACCUGUACAAGCAAAACCCUGAAGAUCCUGAUGUGUGGAGCGUAGCCAAUGCUGAGAAGGAUGACAUCCAGAUCUAUGACAGAUGUGGACGUCUCACACAUCACCUGUCUCUGCCGUAUACGAUCCUGAGCCAGCCGCAUGUGGAGGAAGCCAUCAGAAACACCUACUGCACCGCUGUGUGUGGAGACUGUGAGCUGGAGCAAUCUGAUCACGUAGAGGCAUGUAACAGGACCAAGGAGGAGAAAACAGAGGAGGAAUCACCACAAACAGAACAUCAUCAUCAUCACCACAGCCAUCAUGGGGGUCAUCACCAUGAGGGUCAUCACCAUGGAGGUCAUCACCAUGGCCACCAUCCCCAUGAUGUUGGAGAGAGGCAUAGUCACAGUGGCUCAAGUCACCAGCAUGGCCAGGAUAGCCGAGUCAUUGUAGGACAAGUGCAAAGAGGCUCUUUCGAUCUGAGCCAGGUUGAGAGGAGGCAAUUAGAUUUGGGACAGGCCCAUGUGGGGCAGAUAGAUUUGGGUCAGGUUGGAAUUGGACAUCUUGACCUGGGGCAUGUAGGUGAUGAUGUAGGGAACCAGCAGGUGAUGCAGCGUCCCUGAGCUUCCAGGUGAAAAUUCCCAUUCCUGUGUCAGCAGGGGGCGCUCUCCGACCCCUCUAGCUGAUGCUGACACUGACGGCGUCUGAUUGGCCAGCACCUUAAUGAGAGGCCAAUCUGACACUGUGCUGAGCCUCUGGCUGCUCCCUGUCUCUGACAGGGCCUCACAGUGGACCAUAACAACAUCAGGGAAACCUGACAGUGACGAUCCGCCCACGUGGGUGACUGACAGCAGGCUCAGCCAGUCUGAGACUGACCUGCAGGGAUUAGCCAAUGAGAAUGACAGGUGAUGUAAGCAGGGACGAGAAUUUAGACAGAUGACGCACUAGCAACUUUCUGUUUAGAUCAGCAGCACCCUCUGGUGGUCAAAAUCUGACCAAUUAGAGACCUGAAUUUCAUCCUAAUUCUUUGUUAAGUGGCAGUUUUAGAUUUAAACAUUAUCCUUUAGUACAAAUUGUCUCAGCUGACUGCUAACUGAAAUGUAUAGCAAAUAGCUGAUGGUAACUAAUUAGCAGGUUAGCCCUCAGUGACCCACAAAUUUAAUAAUAACUAAUAAAAUAUUAUUAGUAAUUCAACCUGCUACAGAAAGUUGCCAAUGUAUCAAAGUAUCACCUGAACCCUGACAGGAAAGCACCAACAAGUAUUGACCCCAGGUUUGUCCCAGAAAUGAACCACCACAUCUUCUAAUAAGAUCUAACCCUCAUAAGACAACAGCUACUAAAGAUUCAUCUUCUGCAAUAAAAAAAAGGCCUGAGAAACUAAUCCCCUGGCACACACUCAGUAUGUCCAAUAAAUUAGGUGAUGUGUUGGUUCAUGCUGGUGGCGAUCUGAGCGGCCAUGUUGGCAUGUUCCUCCUCCGCUGUGACUCUCUGUGGCUUUAAUGAUGUCAGAUGCAGAAACUACACUGUAGUGGUGUCUGUCUGAUCCUCAGCCAAUCAGAGAGAACGAGGAACAUCACACAACAUGAACACUGGAAAUGUAGAAGAUUUAGGAGUGAGCUUUGUUUUU